AUGGCACGCCUGGAGACGAUCGGUGAGGACGAGGUGUGCGUGGACCUCGAGGCCGGCCGCCACUCCCCGCCGCCGCUGCCGGCGACACCUCCCACCGCUGCGGCGAACGAACUCUCAUCACCCUGCUGUUUCCUCCUCGUCGCGGCGGUCGCCGCCGCGCUCCUCGGCGCGCUGUACCUGGCGCUGGACCCGAAGCUGCCCCGGUACACGGUGGACGCGCUCACCGUCACGGCCUUCGGCAUGGACGACGACCUGACGGCGCGAGCCCGGUUCGACGCCUCGGUGCGGUUCGAGAACCCGAACCGCGCCAUCGGGAUCCGCUACGAGGACGGGUCCAGCCUCUCGGUGUGGUUCCGCGGGUACCGCCUCUCGGAGGGCGCGCUCCCGGCCUUCUACCAGGGCCCCCGCGCCGGCGCGGCGACGGUGCGCGUGGACAUGGGCGAGGCGCGGCUGCGGGGCACGGGCGUCGUGGAGGCGAUGCGCCACGUCAACGGGGCCGGCGGCGGGGAGCUGCCCCUCGUGUUCCGCGGCGAGGUGCCCGUGCGGGUCAGGGUCGGCCCCGUCACCACGGCCAGGGUGACGCCCAGGGUGCGGUGCGACCUCGUGCUGGACAGGCUCGCCACCGAGGGCAGCGUCAGGGUCAAGAACAUGGACUGCAAGUUCAGCUUGAAGCUCUGGUGA